GAGGGGCAGAGACGGUGCGAGAGGGCGAGAGAGAAAGAGAGAGAGAGACACCUUGCGAGGGUGUACGCGCGAGCAGGCUGGGCGGACAGCAGCGCAACCAGAGAGCAUCCCUCGAUAUAUAAUGCGACGUGUAACCUUUUUCCCCUUCGCCUUGGUGGUCGUUCCUUCGGAAUAAAGCUGCGCGCUUGCUGCUGGGACGGUUCCUUACCUGCAGGGCUAUGACGUAAUGGCAAGAGAGGAGUUACGGGCCAAGAGACCUUUUAAGAUAUGGGACAGCUGGCGUAACGUAAGAAAAGGAUUGGUUGUUAGCAAUUUUGAAGAGUUGAUUGUCCGAGGUAAGGAAAAGCUGGGCGUGCCACAAAACGAGAAUGUCUCGCUAGUUUUGGAAUCGGACGGCACGCAAGUCGAGGACGGCGAGUACUUCAAGACACUAGGAAACAACACGAUCCUGCUCCUGUUGCGGCAUGGUGAACGCUGGUGUCCCACUGGCGUCGACAUCAUACGUGCUGCAAUUUCGGCGAUCCCGAAAAUAGUCUGCGAGACAAUCCACGCGCUGGAGUUGCACGAUGAGACGCCAUCGUGGAAAAUCAUGGACAAUAAAGGCCGAGUCACAGUGGUGCUGCACUGGGACCAGCGCUCGUCGUCGUCGUCGCAGAUGCAGCAGCAGCAAUCGAAGGCAGGUCAGGACGCCCAGACCUCCAAGUACUCGCCGACUAAGAAAGCCGACUUGAGUGGCGCCCAGCGGCCGUCCCUGGUGAUCCAGACCAGCCUGGACAAGCUCAGCUAUGACGGCAAGGCGGGGCACUUGCCCGGCGAGAUCGCCCCAUCGCGGUACACCAGCCCGCGAAUCACUGUGAUAAAUCAUGACGAUAUGCAGCAGCCGGUGCAAUCGCACAUACCGGGCCGUUUGGUGAAGCAGGGUACGAAUUCGUUCGACAGUACGACCAUCCACAUCCAUACACCCGAGUGCUCCAACCAUAUUCACCAGCCGGUCGCACGAAACGGUAGUCCGGUGAACGGCGCCGAUGGCGGUGCCAUCGGCGAAUGUGACUUCCACUGCUGUGCUUUGCACGAGGAGGGCCGUAGGAUCGCCGUGCACAAAUCGGUGGCGACAUCGCCGAUUCAGGAUGCGCAGCACGCGCAGUAUCAACAUCCGCAUCAUCCACAUCAACAGCAACAACAGCAGACGCAAACGCAAACUCCGUCGCCGCAACCACCAUCCUCCCUCUCGGACGGCACCAAGCGACCUGGUCUCAGCAAAGGUCACGUUCGUUUUCGCGAUACCGCCGACGAGGAGUCCAGCUCGCGCCUAGUUGGUGCCACUAGCUUCCACUUGCAUCACAAUCAUCAUCAUCAUCAAGAGCACGACAGCUCCGAGUCCGAGACGGAGAAUACAAUAAUGGAAGACGAGAUUGUGACUUCGGAGAAAUUUCUGUUACUGAUCGAUCAGCUGACAGUCGACCAGAAGCAUCAUCUUAGCAUCAAGGAUAUCGGCAUCAUAUUGGAGCGACUCAGCUCCAAAAUCCUCGACGUCGAGCGGCUGGAUCGCGAGAGCGAGAGCGAGGAGUGCUACAAUUGGACGAUCAAGGCGAUCAUACGGGGCGAUGUACUGCGGGAGCUCGGGGUGAUUUACAAUGGAAAUUAUUACGCAAUCUCAGAGCAUCCCGGCUACAAAGAGGAGUCCGAAGAGAAUAAUGAGGAUAAUGAGGAAGAAGAGGAGGAUAGACUUUAAUAUGAUGCUGUUUUAGAUAGAUAGAUAGAUUAUACAUCUAUUCCUGGUUAUUAUUAACUUAGGAUAUGUUGUAAACGGAAAUAAGGACGCGAAAUAUCACGUGGUAUCUUCAUUG